UUCAACUUCGACAUUCGCAUGCUGUACUGACGAACUAACAGCACAUAACGAUCCAGCGUUGAUCUAUAGAUUCUGCCCCACCAUGUCAUCCUGCAUAGCAUCCUCAUCAAAGCACGCCUUGAAAGUACCACUAUCGGCAGCCUGCACGGCGACGAGACGAUGGGCGAGCACAAACUCGCAAGAGAAACAGCCGGCUGACGGUAGGACCGCUGUCAAGUUCAGUGGGAUCCCCCGCACGUACACCCCAGCAGACAUGCACCGGGCUUUGAAACGGAUGGGAGCGUUCAAGAACGGAGACGUCCCGCUAUCGAAUGUCACCGCUGAGCUCCAGCCUUUACCGCCUGCGAUCCCGAACGGCCCUUCCCCCUCGACCACCUCGUUCCUCGUCACCUUUCCCAACAAAUCCGCAGCCGAGACCGCCCGUGACGUAGCCGCUACGCACAUGUCGUCUUUCCUCUCCAUCAACUCUGAAUCCAACAACCGGUCCUACAGGGGGAAUCUCGUCGCCGCAUCGAAACGUCGUCAGAUCAACCUUCCGGGCAAGGAGCAGAUCGAUCCUACGAUGUGGUAUUCUCGGUCCCUCAUGCGGAGCUUCUUGCAGGAAAACCUCUUUCCGAGGGUAGAUUCGAUCACUGGGAAACCCGUCCGCGGGCCCGAUACAAAACGAGCCUCGUCCGGUACCACAACACUGCGCCAGAUGAACCCCGAGGAAAAGCUCGAGGCCGCCUCAGAGUACGUCAAGGCCUUCCGUGAAGCCCGGAUCGGACCUUUCGGGACGGACGCCAAGGCUCGAGCGAGGAACGAACGGCCGAUGGGCGGGAGACAGGUCGUCAUGUGGGGCAUGCCAGAUGCGAUACAGGAGAGGACCUGGACGAGGGUCUUGAAGGGGUACAAGUUGGCCGAGGAGGAUGCCGUGUUUCACGUUCCCAAGACCAUCUCGGGACGCCGAUCGACAUACAUCAUAACCCUGCAGAACACCAGCGAAGCGCAUCGACUGGCCAGGAACUUGAACAUGAUGGACUUCAAGUCGGACAGGGAGUUGGCCUCGCACCUGCUCAGAGCUCAGGUCUUGUGGUGAUCAGGACAGGUGAUCAUCUAAAGGGUGCUUGGCACGUUGUAGCUAUCUUUUUCACGGCAU